CUGUAGUCCUUAGAGAGUCAGUCAGUCAGUCAGUCGAGGUGUUGAUCGGGUUUGACCGAGGCAUCUCCUUUUUCCGUUAGGCUUCUGGAACACGCUCAUGUGUAGAGUUGAGACGAGGGAUGGUACUAGCACCACUCCUUACACCAAGGAGCAAGAGGAGGAGGCCGCAAAGAUUCUGGUGGAACAGAAGGCCAAAAAGGAGAAGAGAGAAUUGGUGAAGCAGGCCAAGAAGUUGGCCUUACUGGAGGAACAGGCAAAGAAGAGGAAACAGUUGGAGGAAGAAAUGGAGAGACUGAAGAAGGAAGAGAAAGAGAAGCUAAAGGUUGUGGAAGAAGAAGAAGAGGUGGAGGAAGAAGUGCCCCUAGUAAGAAAGGUUACAAGAGAAAGGGGCGAGUCGAGUGGUACGAAGACGGAGGACCAGAGGAUGGACAAAAAGGUAUCGGAAUGGGUUGCUAACCUGUUGUUGGGGGAAGAUGAAGAAGCGAUGUUAUAUGUCCCCAGGGCAGAACAGGAGGCUGUGGUGAAGGAGUUGGAAGCAGAAGAAAACCCCUUACACCACCAGACUAUAGAAGAAGAAAAGAAGUUAGAGUGGAAAUUGCGCCUCACAAGGGAGAAGAGGCAACGAAUGGAGGCGGUCAAUAAGAUGGCGAAGGAAUUGACGGUGGUGGAGGAGCAAAGAACACAGAUGGAAGGGCAAGUCGAUUUGCAGGGGAAGAUGGAGAUUAUGGCUAGGAAUAUAGAACUCCUGGCAAAGCUCAGCCGGAACAGUUUUUGUUCAUGAGGGGUCAGGAUAUAGCUUUGCAGUCCAUACGGUUGGGCUUUAGAGAAUUCGCGGGCGAGAUGAUGAUAAAUGUUGGAAAAGAGA